CAAGAAGCUGGGGAUUUGUAAUGCAAGCAGCGUUUCCAGGUUUCUUUUCCGCUUUGCUCUCAUCCCGCUGUUGGAUUUGAGAUCAUGUCGGUUAAUAUUGUAGCUUUUGGGAAUGAAAGAGACGAUGGGUUUUCUGAGGACAAUCGGCAGCCGAGCCUGAUCUGGAGCUAUCUCGGGAGAAGUGCUCUCAUUUCCCAGAUUGACAGCAGCUUGUCUGCCAGUCACGUUGGAAACCCAGUUUUUACCGAGUAUCAAGCCUGCGUGUUUGGAAAUGUCAGACUGGUGGUACACGACUGUCCUGUCUGGGAUAUAUUUGACAGUGACUGGUACACUUCUCGCAGUCUCAUUGGAGGAGCUGAUAUUAUUGUGAUUAAGUACUCUGUCAAUGACAAGACUUCAUUUCAAGAACUAAAGGACAGUUAUGUCCCAAUGAUAAAAAAAGCAUUAAACCACUGUUCAGUUCCAGUAAUAAUUUCUGCUAUUGGUGCAAGAAAAAACGGAGUGCCUUGCACCUGCCCCCUGUGCACUUCGGACAGGAGGAGCUGCGUUACCACCUCCGAGGGAGUGCAGCUGGCCAAGGAACUAGGAGCUACUUACCUCGAGUUGCACACUCUUAAUGACUUCUACAUACAGAAGUACUUUGGAGGAGUGCUGGAAUAUUUUAUGAUCCAAAGUUUGAAUCAGAAGUCAUCUGAAAAAAUGAAGAAAAGGAAAAAGAUGCAGAAGUGCCAUCGAGUUCAACCACCUCAGCUUGAACAGCCAGAAAAAAUGCCGAUCUUAAAGGGCGAAGCCUCACACUAUGAUGCGGACUUGCACAACUUGCUCUGCUGCUGUCAGUGCGCAGACGUGGCGUUCUACCCUGAAGACCUCAGCACGGUGGUGGAGGCUCACAAGAUCAUCCUCUGCUCCGUCAGCCACCUCUUCAUGCUGCUUUUCGAGGUGAAGAGCCCUGCCGACAUCCACGAUGCCUCCAUCGUGCGGACGGCACAGAGCCUCUUCGCAGUGGAGGCGGAGGCUGCCUUCCCCCCGGCCCCCCGCGGCAUCCCGCCCUGCGUCCCACUGGUGAGGGUGGUGGUGAAGGACUCCGUCUUCUGCUCUUGCCUGCCAGACGUCCUCCACUUCAUUUAUUCAGGUGCUUUCCAGUGGGAACGAUUAGAAGAGGAUAUAAAAAAGAAGUUGAAGGAUCCAGAAAAAACUGAACACGUGCUUGAGAAAGUUAAAUGUAUCCUGAAAACUCCAGGGAAGCUAAACACUGUAAAGGACUGCAGAUCUCACCAGAUAAAACGGCUGUAUAAUACUUCUCUCAGGCUGUUCUUUAAUACGCCUGUCCUAGCUGAUGUCAUCUUCAAAAUACAAGGUGCAACUGUACCAGCCCACAGAGCAGUUCUGGUAGCUCGCUGUGAGGUAAUGGCAGCUAUGUUUAAUGGUAAUUAUUUUGAAGCAAAUAGUAUUCUGGUUCCAGUGUAUGGGGUUUCCAAAGACACUUUCCUCUCCUUUCUAGAGUAUCUUUAUACGGACUCCUGCUGCCCAGCCAGUAUUCUCCAAGCUAUGUCUCUCUUGAUCUGUGCAGAGAUGUACCAAGUAAUGAGGCUGCAGCAUAUUUGUGAGCUUUACAUUAUCACUCAGCUUCAGAGCAUGCCUAGCAGGGAACUGGCAUCCACAAGUCUCAGUAUUGUUAGCUUGCUCAAAAAAGCUAAGUUUCACAAUUCUGAUUGCCUUUCAACUUGGCUUCUUCAUUUUAUUGCCACUAACUACCUCAUCUUCAGUCAAAAGCCUGAAUUUCAAGAUCUUUCAGUGGAGGAGCGCAAUUUUGUAGAGAUGCACAGAUGGCCUUCCAAUUUGUACCUGAAGCAGCUUGCUGAUUACAGGAACUAUGUCCACUCCCAGAAAUGCCAUUGCACAGUAAUGUAGAGAAGACUGAACGUACGCAAAGUGCGUCUCGACUGGUA